CGAGAACCCGCAACUCGUUCAGUCCCACUUCCCCGCUUCUAGAGUCUAGUCCUCUCUUUUCAGUUUCUCGCUCCCCACUUUCCCCAUUUUUACCGCACCUCUCUCUUUCUCUCUCCUCCCUCGGCGUCUCGCACACCCCAGCAGCUUCGUCUCCCCUCCCCUUCCUCCGCCCCAACAAUCGGAACCGGAUAGAUAGAUCGGCCCUAUCUUUGCCUCCUCCCGGACGACUCGGCGCAAGGUCGCAGCUUUUCUCUCGAUCUUUCGCGCUUCCCCGUUUUGACGCCUGCUCCCCAUGGGGAUUCUGGAGAUCUUCGGGGCGGUUCGCUGCUGAGAUGGUUCGCCGCAUCACGCGCUUCUGUGACUCUCAACAGUUCUUCCGAUCCGAGGAUCCCCGGUGAUGAACGGCAUGCCGAUCUCUGCGUCCUCUGCGGCAGGCGUCGACGGCGGCGCGGUGGCGGCCGGCACGCCCAUGAAGAAUGCGACAGCGGCGGCUGCUGUCGCCGAGAUGGCGAGGCAUCUCACCGUCGACACGGAAGACGCCUUCGCAGGCCUGCUGGAGUUCGCCGCUGACGACAACGCGGAGGGGCUGCGCCGCGCGCUGGAGCGCGCGCCGCCUGCCGCCGCGGACGAGGCCGGCCUCUGGUACGGCCGCCGGAAGGUCCUGGAGCACCGCACCCCGCUAAUGGUCGCCGCCACCUAUGGGAGCCUUGCUGCGCUCCGACUGCUGGUGUCCCUCCCGUCUGUUGACGUCAACCGCCGCUCGGGCACGGACGGCACCACUGCCCUCCACUGCGCCGCCUCUGGUGGCUCACGGACGGCGGUUGAGGCCGUGAAGCUGCUGCUGGGAGCGGGGGCAGACGCUGACACCAUGGAUGACGCUGGGCGCCGUCCGGCUGAUGUGAUCUCUGUGCCACCGAAGAUGUUCGACGCCAAGUUCGCCCUUCAAGAUCUUCUUGGAUUCCCCAAGUCUGAGCAUGGCAUGCUACGGGUGGUGACAAGGUCCACCAACUCAAUCUCAUCGCCCGUUUCAUCCCCCACUGCAGAGGAUGCACGGUCACCGUCUGCUUCUGUGAUGAUGAUUUCAAAGUUUGGUGACUUGCCUAGGGUUGCGACAUCGGAGAAGAAGGAAUACCCAGUGGAUCCGUCCCUUCCAGACAUCAAGAACAGCAUCUAUGCUUCCGAUGAAUUCCGCAUGUACUCGUUCAAGAUCCGCCCUUGCUCACGGGCGUACUCGCAUGACUGGACUGAGUGCCCCUUUGUCCACCCAGGAGAGAAUGCUCGACGCCGAGACCCCCGCAAGUACCACUACAGUUGUGUGCCAUGCCCAGAUUUCAGGAAGGGCGUGUGCAGGCGCGGAGAUAUGUGUGAGUAUGCUCAUGGAGUGUUCGAGUGCUGGCUCCAUCCAGCGCAGUAUCGGACACGCCUAUGCAAGGAUGGUACAAGCUGUAACCGCCGCGUCUGUUUCUUUGCCCACACAACUGAUGAACUCCGGCCAUUGUAUGUCUCCACUGGAUCAGCAGUGCCAUCCCCAAGGGCUUCUGCAACAGCUGCUAUGGAGAUGGCUGCAGCAAUGGGCUUAAUGCCUGGUUCCCCGUCAUCGGUUUCAGCGGUAAUGUCCCCAUUUACCCCACCAAUGUCGCCUUCGGGCAAUGGGAUGCCCCCUUCGUUGGGUUGGCAGCAGCCAAAUGUUCCAACAUUACACCUUCCAGGCAGCAGCCUUCAGUCAAGCAGGCUUCGAACAUCACUUAGUGCAAGGGAUAUGCCUGCUGAUGACUACUCCAUGAUGCCAGAUCUUGAUUCCCAACUUAUGAAUGAUCUGUGCUAUUCCCGUCUCAGUUCAUCCACAGGGAACCACUCUGCUCGGACCAAGUCCCUGAAUCCAUCAAACCUGGAUGAUCUCUUCUCUGCUGAAAUGGUCUCAUCCCCGAGGUAUAGUAAUGCUGACCAGGGUGCUAUGUUUUCACCUUCUCACAAGGCUGCUAUUCUGAAUCAGUUCCAGCAGCAGCAGCAAGCACUGCUUUCUCCAAUCAACACAGGAGUUUACUCUCCAAAGGCAGACAACCAGCAGUUACCUUCACACUCAUCUCUGCUGCAAGCAUCACUUGGGAUGUCCUCCCCUGGCCGGAUGUCUCCACGAUGUGUUGAAUCAGGCUCCCCAAUGAACUCCCACCUAGCUGCUGCUCUUGUCCAGCGUGAGAAACAACAGCAGACAAUGAGAAGUCUCAGUUCUCGUGACCUUGGGCCUAGUGCGGCACGAGCUUCAGCUCUCGGCUCCCCUCUAAGCUCAUCAUGGUCUAAGUGGGGAUCUCCUUCAGGGACACCAGAUUGGGGCGUAAAUGGUGAAGAAUUGGGUAAGCUCCGCCGCUCAUCGUCCUUUGAGCUGAGGUCUGGUGGUGAUGACCCUGAUCUCUCUUGGGUGCAUACACUGGUUAAGGAAUCUCCACCAGAGAAGCAAGUUACUACAGCUGAAUCAAUUAAUUCUGUUGGACCCUCACCCCUAAUGCCUCCCGGCAUGAACAGCGGCGAAGGUUCUGGUCUGAACACCCAGCUGGAUGCACAUGACCAAGCCGCAGUUAUAGGAGCAUUGCUUGAACAGAUGCAGCUUGAUCAGCAGAUUGGUAGUCUAGCAACAUAGGUGCACAAUGAGCCUGGAAGGUGUGAGGAUACUAUAUUCUUAUCUAAUGAAUUCCAAGUUCUUUUUCCCUGUCAAUUAAGGUAUUCAACAAAGAUGGAUUGCUGAAGGUGGUGAUUCAGAGAUUGGUUUUCUUUAAUUUUGGAGGUAAAUCAUAUACAUUAUUGAGGUUCCAGUAGGUUAAAGAGUGAAGUUCCUCAGGUUGGGGUUGUUCCAUGGCCAACCCAGGUAGAAUCGCACCCCGGCAGCAUCAGUUCAUCGAUUGGAGUUCUCUAUUUUGUUAAUUAACCCUGUUAAGAAAAGAAGGCUUGUUCGCCGUGUCGGAAUUCUUUCCUUUUCCCUAGUGUUGUUUAUUUUGUUCAUUAUUAUGAUAUCGAUACUUGAUGUACUGAUGGUGUAAGUGGUUACUUGGGAUCCUAUAGUAGCUCUGCCAAGUUGAAAGGUAUUUUUUUUCACCCUUUACCAUUUGUCGUGGAUUAUCUUGUGGCCUUGUUUUGGUUAGACCUUGAGGCCUGCAUAAUCCUCCUGGAUGAUAUUUGCAAUAAUGUAAUAUUGUUUUUGAACUUGUUGCUA